AUGGUUUCACCCGAUGCUUCCCCAAUUGAUCGGAAGGGAAGGCCUUCCAAACGUUCUUCCAACUCUUACACCAGCGAAGAAUGGCGAAGGCAUCGGCCACUGAUCACCCAGCUGUAUUUUGAAGAGGGCCGCACCUUGAAGGAGGUCGCAGAGUAUCUGAAGCGGGAAUUCAACUUUGCUCCCACCGAACGCAUGUACAAAAGCAGACUCCAUAGUUGGGGACUCGACAAGAAGAAAAAGGAGCACGAAAUGCUGGACUUGGUUCGGCAGGGUCUUCAGCAGAAAGGCGACGACAAGGAUAAAGUGUUUCUCGUCAGAGGCAGACAAGUCACUCUGGCCGAUGCCCUGCAUUACUUCAAUCGAAAGGGAAUCAAAGACCCAUCUAGUCUCUUGGAGAAUGUAGACCCGACCGGAGAGCUGUCUUCCCCGGAGGAUGCUGAAGCCACGACCCCCUUGUCAUCUCAUGCCGAUAUGCUCGACACCCACUAUCCCGAUGGUGGCGACUAUGAGAUGACCCGAAGUCCCAUGGAUGUUGAUGAUGCCAACAAGUCAGGUUUCCUGACUUCGCUAAACCCCUCCGACAUUGCCGAGAAUUGUCUUGAAGCCCUCCAGACAGCUUUGAAUAUACCCAUGCUUUCGCCAAUCCCUCCCUUUCGGACGCUCUCAGUCGAAGCAUCUGUUGCCCCAUCGAACGCGUCGGCUGCAGAUCAGCGCUAUCUGGAUACUAUUUUCCUCAACCUCAAGAGUCAUUAUGUUCGACUGUUUGAGGCCCGGAAUUUGUCAAUCAGCAACACCACGGGUACCUGGACCGCAACGUCGGACGAUGCAGUCGCUGACCGAUUUUACUACUCCAUGUAUCAUGGUUAUUCAUUCCUAUGGGAUGGUCAGAGGGAUAAGGCUUUUGAGAAUUUUUACAAGGCCUUUGCGCUCAUCGAAGGACUGCUCAAAGAUGAUCACGUUGGUUUCAUGAUCUACAUUUUUGAUUUGAUUAUUCGCCACGACGGUACUGGAUACGAAGAACCUUUGCUCAUGCUUCUACAGCAUCUAGGAGACCUGGCCAAAGCGGUGUCCGAGUCAGAUCAGCACCCCAUCUAUCUUGUGGCCACUUACAUGAGUCAAGCUACCAUAUCUCGGGCCUGGCUGGCCGAAUCCACACUCCGAAAAUUGUUGGACUUUUUUCAAGAUUCAAUUGGCUACUUUCACCCCGAGACGAUAGCUUUACUUCAAACCUUUGCAACCUGUCUUUUGAAUCGGAAAUGGUAUGCGGAAGCUGCAAUUCGAUUCCAGCAGCUUGUCGACGCUUUUGAGACUACUAUGAGCAAACAGUGUUAUGAAGUGUGUUACGCAUUGAGGUCUACCUCGGAGGCCUACUUCCAUCUCGAAAAUUAUAAAGAGUCACUUCAGGCAUUGAAAACGGCCCUAGAACGAGCAGAAUCACUUCCCAGAAUGGAGGAGAGAGAGAUUUAUGUUCGCUGCCUGAGAGCUAUGGCCGAAAUUUCCAACAAACUCGGCCGCAAACAAGAAGCCAACGAAACCAUGCAGCAUGUGGUCGACAUCUGUAGAGAUGCCUGGGGGCCCGAACAUCCAUUCACCAAUCGAGCCAAGAUGCACCUCAAGUCAAUACUCAAGGGAGAUGCUACUGGAGAAUCUGCAAUCCCACCAAUGGUUUAUAGACUUGGUCGUGGAGGAAAUGCGGCCAAAUACAUAUGGAUAUCCCGAUCUAGCCCGACUCGUCUACAAGCCUGA